AAGUUAGUUGUGGCGGCACCUACCAACAUUUUUCAGAACUUCCGCUUGCUUUGCACUCGAUUCUAAGCCGCAGGCGGUUUUUUGGAUUGCAAAAACCGGAAAAAAGUGCGGCUUGGAUUCGAGUAAAUACGUGUUUGCUGGCUUUGAGAUGGGGAUGAACAGGAAGUUUGUUUGGCAUCACUGGUAUGAUGUUGAUUGUAACUUUCCUCUCUCGUUCUUAAGGAUAUUCGUGAAAAUGGAUGUAGCAACACUGAGAGAUGAAUUGGACAAAGCUAUAAGAGAUAACAAUUUGGGAAUUGAGGAAUAUGAACUUGAGCACCAGGAACAGAAAAGGCUUCUUGAAAAAUGGAUGAGAGAAGCUGAGCGCUGGUUAAGAGGAAAGAAGUCUUUCAAUGCUGCUGACCUGAUGAAACGUCCAUUGUCAAGUGUGUUGGCUGAUGAAUCAAAGCAUGUACCUCUCCGGUCAUCAAGGUCAGCAGCAAAGGCUGCAGCUACAAAAAUUCGGAGUGCUGUAGAAGCAGAAAGUGAAGGAAACAGUAAGAAGAGAAGAUGCAUUGUAAAGAUAGAACGAAUAAGUGCACCUCAGUCGGUUUUGGAUAUAAUUGUUGAAGAACAGGAGACAAAUAACAUAUCACCCAAUGUGGCAGACACACUUGUGAAGCUUGAAGUUGCCAGUGCUACAGUGAAUGAUAAACCACAUUUAGAUUGUCAGAAAACUGUUAGCAAAGACAAUAACGGAGACUCCCCAUCUUCUGAUCACCAGUCCCCUUUCCAGCGAGGUGUUGUAGCAAACUCAACUUUUGUUCUUGAUGUUGUCCAACCAGAAACAGUGAAGUGUCUCUUACCAGAAGUUAGUGAUAAACCAAACAGAGACUGUGAAAAUUCACCAACAGAAACUGUACAAAACAAAAGUGGCACUGAACUACAUAGUACUUUUGUAAUAUCUACAGGAAAUGCAGAUGCUAUUUCUGACAAGCUGGAAGAGUAUAAACAGUUGAAUGCAUUAACAAAGACUCCUGAAAAACAGAUGGUAAACUUGAACGACAAUAAGACUAAAAAAAGUGGAUCAAAGGUGCCAGUUGGGAAUGGUGUGACAGAGAAUGAAGCAGCUUAUUCUAAUCUACAGAAAUUAAUAAUUGAAUCGCCUGUUCGAGUUACGCGAACAAAAACACGUGCCUUUGCCCAGGCUGUUGCAGCUGCUGCUGCUACUACAAACAGCAGAGAAAAUGGCCAGGAGCCUGUCACAAAGCUAUUCCUACCAGAAAAUGUUUCCAGCAUUAAAUAUUCCAAGAAGAAAGUAAAAAUCACCAACAAGAAAGAGGUUAGUGCGAUUUCAAAUUGCUUAAUGAGCCCAACAUUUCAAAAGAAUUCUAACAAGACAACUGAAGACAACAUGAAAGAGAACAUCUUAGCUGAAAAGGCAAUGAAGGAGAGUGCCAUAAAGGAUCUCAACAGUGCCCCUAGACUGAAGACUCCGCUCUCUGCAAAUAACACACUUUCUUCCAACAGCUUUCAGAGUUCCAAAAUGGGUAUGGGAACAGUGGUUUCGCAUUGUGAGACGUUUAUUACAAAGAAUGUUACAAAACCGGCAUUGAACCAUAUGAAUCAGAAAUUGAUUGAGGAGAAUAAAUAUGUUGAAGAAAAAGUUACUGAAGCAGAAAAGAAAAAAGAGAGAAUGUUGAAGGAAAAAGCUGAACAACAAAGGAGAAAUAAUGAGGCAAGAGCAGCUAAAGUUGCAAAAACACGAGAACAGCUUGAACGGCAGCGACUUAUUCAACAGCAGCAGUUGGAACGUGAGAAAGAGCAACGUCUAAAAAUAGCCCAGCAGAAACGUGAAGAAGAAAUUGCAUUAAAGCGACAGCUUGCACACCAACGAGCUGCAGAAGCUGAGGAGAGGCGGAAGCAGGAUGAAGAACAAUAUGUACAAGCCCUGAAGAAGAAAGAGCAAGAGGAAGCAGAAAAAAAAGCAUUACAGCUCAAGAAGGAGGCUGAAGAGCAGUUAAAAAUAAAGGAGGCUGAGAAAAAUAAGAAGGAAAUAAAAGUAAAACCUAAUGCGCCUGACAAAGUUGCAAAACUUAAACCAAAUGGUGUGUUUAGCACUAAUGACAUAUAUUCAGGGGAGGAAAGUGAAGAUGAAGAAGUCACUGUGAAAAAAGUGUAUCCUUCAUGGACAUCAGCUAACAGAGCCCGUGGUUUACAGCUAUCUAGUCAAGAACAAUGUCGACAACUCAUAGCUCAGUUUUUCCAGUUUAAACCACAUACACCAGAUCUUAUUAAAAUAUUUGGAACUGUUCCUGAAAAGACAUUAGUAAGAACAUCAAGUGCUGUGUGGCAUACUCCUCCAUGCAAUAAGACUUUUAAUUAGAAGUUUAGUGAAAUAGAACUUAGAUAUAUCAUGGACAAUUUCAUUAUUUAAUGUUUUACAGAAAUUGUGUAAUACAUUCACCUUUCAUAGAAGUUUUGGAUAUUUUACUUAAUGGUAAGAAAUUAUUACUACAAUAUUUCAUUUUGGCAGACUCUCCAUUAAAAGUGGACUUCAGCUAAAGUAUGGGUGAGAAACCCCUAAAUGAGUAAGAUGAAUGUGAUUUUCAUCUUUUUUGUAUCUUUAUGUGUAUACCCGAAACAAUUUGAUAUAUAUUCUUUUGUGUAUAGUAAUUUUUUAUUUAUACAUAUUUAGUUUUUAUUUUGUACAUUUUUAAUAUUCAUCACUCCGUUGCUGAUCAGUGUUACUCUCAAAGCUGAAAAUCUGAUUUGAUACCUGUCAAUUUAAUUUCGGUUCUUAUUUUAUGUUGUAUGCCGUUUAUUUCAUCUUGUUAUUUGUUGAUAAUAGAUAAAACACUUAGGUAUUUUAAGCGUUAACAGUGCAAAAUGUAAUUUGCCACUUUUGAUUUGUCCUACAAUCAGAUUCUUGAUAUACUGAUUCAGCAAUAUUGCCUACUUUUAUCUGAUUAUACGUCAAUAAGAUUUUUAUUGGAAUAUUGUACAGUGCCUGAAAAAAGGCAACUUUUUCCUGCAGCACUUUCACCUUAAUUUUUAGGGAGUAAAUAAAGUUAUAUCUUAAAAUUGGUCUAGAGGCAUAACUAUAUGUUAACUAACAGAUAUUCUCAGUGCCAUUUCAGACAAAUGUAAAGUCUAGAAACUACCAAAGGAAUAAUAUAGUUGAAACAAGUGGGGAAACAGGAAAAUUAUAACUGCUACAUAUUGCCUUUAUGUAUCUUUGCUAGCAAGUAAACACUGCUUAACUUAGA